AUGUUUUCCUUCCUCAAGCCUUUGCUAGCUACCAUCCUGGUGGUAGCACCUAUUGUUCAAGCUUAUUCAAGCCCUGGAGCUUGCAGUGGAGCCUGCUGGGCCCACGAUCCUGCAAUCGCCAAGAGAAGUGAUGGUACAUACUUCAAAUUCAACACUGGAGGCGGCAUUGAGAUUGCUACUGCCAGUGCCAUAGAAGGACCUUGGACUCUGGUUGGUUAUUCAUGUCUCAGCAGCAAUGUUAUCCUCAAUGCUAACAAUACAUUCCAGGCUCCAGACGUCAGUCUUGUAGAUGGCGUUUACCAUCUCUACUACGCCGUCUCCACAUUCGGUUCUCAGGUCUCCGAAAUUGGCCUUGCUACAUCGACAACACUUGAGCCUGGUAGUUGGACCGAUCUAGGUGCCACCGGUGUUGCAUCCACUUCCGCAAAGCCAUAUAACGCCAUCGAUCCAAACCUCAUCCUGGUUGGCUCUACAUAUCUGCUGAAUUUCGGCUCGUUCUGGCAAGAUAUCUACCAAGUGGCGCUCAACUCUGCUGCGACCAAGACAGCUGGCACUAGUGCGUAUAACAUUGAAUAUGAUUCGGGUGGAGAUCAUCCAUGCGAGGGAAGCUUCAUGUUUUAUUAUGAUGGAUACUAUUACUUGCUCUGGAGUCAUGGCAUCUGCUGUAACUAUGAAACCACUCUGCCCGCUGCAGGCGCCGAAUACAUGAUCAAAAUGUGCCGCUCCACCUCCGCAACAUCCGGCUUCGUCGACAAGAGUGGCACAGCAUGCCUUUCGUCCGGCGGCACCAUCCUUCUCGAAUCCCAUGGCGUGGUCUACGGACCUGGUGGCCAAGGUGUAUUAUAUGAUUCGAGCUUGGGCUAUGUGCUUUAUUAUCACUAUGCUGAUACGAAUGAUGGGCUCGCGGAUGCUGAUUAUUUGUUUGGAUGGAAUGUUUUGACGUGGAGUGAUGGGUGGCCGGUGGUUUAGGCGUGAAUGUGGAUUGGGGCAGAGAAGGGGGUUGGUGUGUUUCGCUUCUUGGAUAUAUUUAGG